AAUCUCCAAUCUCAGUCUGAUCGCAGAAAUCGACGCGAACGGGUGGUGCAGCGAACCCAAGUAAGACACCAAAAGUCGGUCGUUUGGUUCUAAAUUUGCGCGCUUAGCCAGGAAGAUUAGUAAUUUGGACAACUGGACAGUAUUUCCACAGUUUGAUUGACAAGUGAAAUAUAGGCCCGUGAGCGGAUCUCUGAAGGAAAACACACAGCACAACACUCUACACACAGAGAGAAUGGCGCCUCGCAACAAGGAACAGGAGCAGGAAGUCCUGGAAUGGAUCAGUGCAGUGCUAGGUGAGAAACUGCCGCCCGGUGCCUACGAGGAUGUCCUCAAGGAUGGUGUCGUCCUUUGCAAACUGGCCAACAAGUUGACACCGGGCUCGGUAAAGAAGAUCCAGGAACGUGGCACCAACUUCCAGCUGAUGGAGAACAUUCAACGAUUCCAAGCCGCCAUCAAAAAGUACGGCGUCCCAGAGGAGGAAAUCUUCCAGACUGCGGAUCUCUUCGAGCGUCGCAAUAUCCCACAGGUGACACUGUGCCUGUAUUCCUUGGGACGUAUUACCCAGAAACACCCAGAAUUUACCGGACCGACCCUAGGACCAAAGAUGGCUGAAAAGAACGAACGCACCUUCACCGAGGAACAGCUACGAGCCAACGAGGGCCAGCUGAAUCUACAGAUGGGUUACAACAAGGGAGCAUCCCAAUCCGGGCAUGGAGGAUUCGGCAACACGCGUCACAUGUAAAUCCAACUUGUCACAACUUCAUCCACUCAUCAUGUCCGCGCUUCAACUAGCUGUGUCCAAAGUAUGUUGUGUUUCGAAAUUUUCGAAACCAGUCCGAGACUCAUUCAUUAAAUCUUCAACCUAAGAUGUACUUUUAGUUUUGUUAUAACUAUUUUGGUACGUGUAUGCAACCGAGGCGCAACGGCAACAUUUCACCGGUUGUGGAACAACUUUCUGGACGUGAGCUCUUUUAUCGUUCCGCGCCGCUGCCUGCUGCUAGCGGUUCGACUUCGAGGGCGCGCUCUCUCUUUACAUUUGAGAUUAUAUUUAUUUUUCCAAAAAAUAGAAAAAGCAUCUUAAAUUCCCCUGGCCGAAGGUUGGGAAAAACACAGCGGCGAACAGCGGUAAUUUUGCAGUCACUGCUAUUUAUAGUGCGCCCAACUGAAACACACCAUUUGCCAUUUUGAUGGACACCCACGCAGCCAACAGCAGCACCAACGAAAAAUUCUAGAAGAAAGUAGGAAUAUGUAUGUACAACACAUAAAUAGGUGCUUAAUGGCUUGACUCGUGUCGUCUUGUCGCGGUCAUCGCCUGAAUGCAUCUCGAGCUGGCUGUCCCCAAUAAUGUCUCCGGUCAGUUUGGUUACGUCAACGGAAAAAAGGCAGCAAGUGACACGGUUGCCGUUGCGUCAGGUUUUACUUUUACUUUCUACUAGUUAGCUCAUUAUUAUUUAUUUGCACUCUUUCUAUUUGGAAAGCAAUAAAGUAAGAACAGAACUGUA